AUGGUAAAUGAGACGACGGCCCUUAAAAAUGGCACGAAUGACAAUAUUUCCUGGGAGGAGUCAGUACCAGAAUCCGAUGGUGACGACUGCUUGUUUGUUGAUGGGCGAGAUGGCACUUGCAAGCCACUGCCACGCUGCACAGAGCUAUUUCAGCUGCUGCAGGCAUCACCCUCACGACAGACCAUAGAACUGCUUUCACGCUCGAACUGUGGAUACCAGGGCAAGGUUCCAGUAGUCUGCUGCCCACAGCAAAAAAUCCAACCAAGUGGCUUUUCUUCCACUGAUGGUCUUCCUGCUCCUAUCUCAGAGCAGCCCAACGAUGUGAGUCUACAUCCAAGAGUGGGUCUUUUACCAUUCAGUGAAUGUGGGCAUGCAGAGAGUGAUCGAAUUAUAGGUGGAAAUGAAACAGGAUUAUUUGAAUUCCCAUGGAUGGCUCUCUUAGGCUACAAGACACGUGAUAAUAAGUUUUAUGGAUUCCGUUGUGGAGGAUCACUUAUUAAUGGGAAGUACGUCUUAACUGCUGCCCAUUGCAUACCAAAUCCACAUGACCCUUCUGGAUUAAAACUAUCCACAAUAAGACUGGGAGAGCAUGACCUCAGAAGCCCAAGAGACUGUGAAGACAAUGGGCUAGUUUGUGCACCAGAACCACAGGACUUUGAAAUUGAAUAUGCAAUUGCACAUCCAUCAUUCACGAAAGACAAACUUCAAAAUGAUGUUGGCCUUGUGCGUAUUCGAGGAGAAGCUCAAUUCACAGAGACAGUGAAGCCAAUCUGUUUACCAGUUGGAGAAGAGCAACAGUAUAUGAACCCUAACAAGAAGAGGAUGAUUGUUGCUGGCUGGGGAGUUACUGAAACAGGAACCAGCAGUUCAAAGCUUCUCAAAGUGACAGUUCCAGUUGUACCUGUACAAAGAUGUGCUGCAGCAUAUAAAAGAACUAAUGCAGUAAUUAACAUCAAACAGAUAUGUGCUGGAGGCUCUGAAGGGCGUGAUUCAUGUGCUGGAGACAGUGGAGGGCCUUUAAUGAUAAAUGAAAACAGUAACAAGGGUCCAGUGAUGGUGCAGUAUGGAAUAGUUUCAUUUGGCCCAAAGAAGUGUGCAUCUGAGGGCUAUCCAGGAGUGUACACAAGAGUGGCAUAUUACAUGGAUUGGGUACUUGACAAUAUGCAGCCGUGAAACUACAUUUUGUUUUCAUAAUGAAAACGAAGACCACAAUUGUGAUACCUGUUGUAUAUAUGGUACUGUUUCAAUAGCAAUGACUGUUUUUAUUUAUUUUUGGCUGUAUUGUGUGAUCUUUAUCAUGCUAUAGAGAUCAUUUACCAAGAUCUAGUGAAAUAUUUUCAGAGUGUAUAUUCUGUAUAUAUGGUAAUUAUGCACCUCUAACGAGGUGC